AAAGAAGAAGAGUUUUCUUGGUCCAACUACCUAAAAAUCACCAGAUCACAAGCCGCACCGAAAGAGUUGUUUUCUGGCUCAAUCAAAUCUGAGACAGACUGUGGGUUUGAGGUGGGGAUGAAGUUGGAGGCUGUCGACCGCAUGAAUCCCUCUCUCAUCUGUGUUGCAACAGUAACAGACAAAGUGGGCAACCGUUUUCUGGUUCAUUUUGAUAACUGGGAUGACACGUAUGACUACUGGUGUGAUGCCCGCAGCCCGUACAUUCAUCCCACUGGCUGGUGUCAUGAGAGAAGCCUCCCCCUGACGCCUCCACAGGAUUAUCCUGACCCUGACAGGUUCUCGUGGGAGAGAUAUUUGGAAGAGACGGGCUCAACAGCGGUCGCUGCUGAAGCAUUCAGAGUGCGUCCUUCCCACAGCUUCCAGUUGCAGAUGAAGCUGGAGGCGGUGGAUAAGAGGUGUCCGGGCCUGAUCCGCGUGGCUACGGUGGAGGAAGUGGACACUUACAGAAUAAAGAUUCAUUUUGAUGGUUGGAGCCACUUGUAUGACGAGUGGAUGGACUCAGACCAUCCAGACGUCCACCCUGCUGGCUGGUGUGAAGGCACAGGACACCCCCUCAAACCUCCACCCUGCCAACCCAUCACCCAGAAACCUGGUCCCAGGGAGACCCUGACAGCCCGACAGCCCAACUUCUCCUUGUCCUAUAAAAGUCUGCCUCAGCCACGCAACCCCUCCAAAUACAGCUUCCACCACAGAAAGUGCCCUACUCCGGGAUGUGACGGGUCAGGUCAUGUGACCGGGCGUUUUACGGCGCAUCACUGUUUAUCUGGCUGUCCGUUGGCUGAGAGGAACCAGGGCCGACUCAAGGCGGAUCUCUCUGAUACAGAAGGAUCCAGGCGUAACCUGCUGGUCUUCGGCCAGAGAGCAAAAAAGUCACGAUAUCACGGCAGGAUCGGUCGCCCCCCUAAAUAUCGUAAAAGUCAGCAAAGAAAUUGUCAGAGUAUGACGGCGGAAGGGAUGUACCCUUCUCUCUUCAUGACGGCAUUUACUGCCAACUCUGACCGAACCCUGUCUCUCUGCUGGGAGCAGCACUGUAAACUACUGCCUGGGGUUGCCGGAGUUCAUGCUAGUCAAGUAGCUUCCUGGACUAUAGAGGAGGUCUUUGGAUUUGUUAAUAAUCUUAUUGGUUGUGAGGAGCAGGCCCAAAUUUUCAAAGAUGAAAUGAUCGAUGGAGAGGCCUUCCUUCUUCUGACUCAAAAUGAUAUUGUGAAGAUCAUGAAUAUAAAGCUAGGACCAGCGCUGAAGAUUCACAACGCCAUUUUAGUGUUCAAGAGCACAGACGAAGGCCUGAAGUGAGCAACUCGUCUCCAAGCUCCUCAUGCCGCAACGAUCCAUUCAGAAUCCGCCAUCUAAUCACGUGUUUGGUGUUUAACGUCUGAACCCACCAGAGAGAGAGAGAGAGAGACAACCAGAGCAGGAUGAACGAAACAUGAAACAGUACAGCCUAGCUGAGCUUCGAUGCUGCUUUAUUUCAAAAGCGAAAUGACACGUUCUGAUAAAGAACAACCCGAUCUGAAACCACCGCGCAGGAUUUUUUGUAUUUGGAGAGUUAACUGAAAUCUACAUUUGUUCUCAGUGUGUGAAGUGAAAUAUCAGGGCAGAUUUCAGUUGAUUGGUGCUACUGUCCCCUUUAUUAGCGCCCUGAUGGUGUUUAUGCACUUUACCUGAGGAGCCACUAGAGGGAGCUGUCCUUUAGACAAUCUGAGCCAACUAAACCAAUUGUUUGGGGACCGUUAACUAUAUUUGC